UCGAUUCGCUGGACGUACGCCACAUUGCGCCCAUCUCUCUCGCUCUCGCUCCUCAUCGCGAAGAUUUCCUCGGCGGCGGCGGAGGGGAUCGACGGAGGGGGGGAUGGCGACCUCGUCGGUGGCGGGGGACAUCGAGCUGGACCGGCCGAACCUGGAGGACUACCUCCCAUCCGACUCGCUGCCGCAGGAGUUCCCCAGGAAUCUCCAUCUGCGCGAUCUGCUGGACAUCUCGCCGGUGCUCACUGAAGCGGCGGGCGCCAUCGUCGAUGAUUCAUUCACACGUUGCUUUAAGUCAAAUUCUCCAGAGCCAUGGAAUUGGAACAUUUAUUUAUUCCCAUUGUGGUGCUUGGGAGUAGUGAUAAGAUACGGAAUACUAUUCCCGCUGAGGGGCCUAACUCUUCUAGUUGGAUGGUUAGCAUUCUUUGCUGCCUUUUUUCCUGUACAUUUCUUAUUGAAAGGUCAAAAGAUGAGAAGUAAAAUAGAGAGAAAGCUGGUUGAAAUGAUGUGCAGUGUUUUUGUUGCUUCUUGGACUGGAGUGAUCAAGUAUCAUGGGCCUCGCCCAAGCACACGGCCUCAUCAGGUAUUUGUUGCAAACCAUACAUCGAUGAUAGAUUUCAUUAUUCUGGAGCAGAUGACAGCAUUUGCUGUCAUUAUGCAAAAGCAUCCUGGAUGGGUUGGAUUUAUUCAGAAGACUAUCUUGGAAAGUGUUGGUUGCAUCUGGUUUAAUCGCAAUGAUCUCAAGGAUCGUGAAGUGGUUGCAAAAAAGUUACGAGAUCAUGUUCAACAUCCAGACAGCAAUCCUCUCCUGAUUUUCCCUGAAGGAACUUGUGUUAACAACCAGUACACUGUCAUGUUCAAGAAGGGUGCUUUUGAGCUUGGCUGUGCUGUAUGCCCAAUAGCUAUCAAAUACAAUAAAAUAUUUGUUGAUGCCUUCUGGAAUAGUAAGAAGCAAUCGUUUACAAUGCACUUGGUUAGGCUUAUGACAUCAUGGGCAGUUGUGUGUGAUGUAUGGUACUUGGAGCCUCAGUAUCUGAGGGAUGGAGAAACAGCAAUUGAAUUUGCUGAAAGAGUAAGAGACAUGAUAGCUGCUAGAGCUGGUCUUAAGAAGGUUCCGUGGGACGGGUAUCUGAAACACAACCGCCCUAGUCCCAAACACACUGAAGAGAAGCAGCGCAUCUUUGCUGACUCUGUGUUGCGGAGACUGGAGGAAAGCUAAACAGAUAUCAAUCAACUCUGGUGCUCAUUGGUGAGUCCAGGUUACUAAUGUCCUAGUGUGUAUCUGGGUCUCUGGAGUAUGUGGAAAUUACCACUGCAGUUUUGUUGUAAAUUGUUUGCAGCUUGACAGAAUCAACAUUUAAUAGCCUGUAUUAGCCAAGAUUUUAUGAUUGGUUAGGGUUAACACAUAAAUAUUAUACCUUCCCAAAUGAUGUAUUAAUACUUACCCUCUGCCUGAUGCCCUGAUCAUUCUCAUCAUCUCAUGGGUAUACAUUGUGAAUAAUCUUUCCUGAGUC